UUGUUACUAAUGUUGAUUGGGAAAGAAGUAAAGCAAAUUCAAAAUUCACCUGUAAAACCAAGAAACAAAACGCAGUGAGCAGAAGUAAUGUGUCAAACUGGAAUUAAUUUUAUUAAGGUAUGGGUAUAAAAUAAUGUGGCUGACAGAUUAAAGGUAUUUAUUUCAAAAGACACCCCUGCAUAGGAAAUUUAGGAUGAGGGGAUGUAUGGUUGGAGGGAAUUGAGCGUUGGAAUAAAGAGGUCUGUAACAAAAGAGCACAAAAAAGAUGCGAAAAUGGUAGGGCCCCAUCGCUAGUGACGCGGGCCUUUGUGUCUUAUUUUACACAGCUUACUCUUUCUAUCCGUGGUUGGGUGUGGGGUUGGUUUGGUAUAUGGGAUUUGGGGUAAGGCUUUGUUAGUUAAGAGGCCCAUAUGGAAAUUUGGGACGCUUUGGAUGGAACAGGCGCCACAGUCCCGACAGGAUCAGCCAGAAUUUAAAUUUAAAAUUGACCCACACGACCUGCCUAAAAAUGUAAUACGACCAGGUUGAGAUGGAAGGAGAAAGAUGAAGGGAGCGAAGAAGCAAAGACGUUUGAAUUCAAAGAGCAACAGAAUGCAAAAAGAAGAAGACAAUGAGCCCCUCCGACCCAUUUUGUGCGUCAAAAACAUAAACAAAUUGGAUUUGAAGCGUUUCGACGCGAUGGACAAGUGUUACCUCUUGGACUUCGACCCAUUCCAUUCCCUCAAUCAGACGCUCUCUCACUCUGACUCUGACUCUGACGUCUCGCUGGUGGCUGAAAAGGGUCAGGUGGCCUGUAGAGACUAUCCGCACGCCAGGUAUUUGUGUCUCAAAUCUCCCUUCCCCACAACGCCCCAUCAGACUUACUGUGAGAUGUGCUAUUGUUACGUCUGCGAUGCCAUAGCUCCAUGCGACCACUGGACGUCACAUUGUCAUGCCGAUCAAUUAUGGAAACGGGAAAGGCGAUCCAACUCAAACAACAACCACACGCCUCCUCCGUUUCUGUAGCUUUAGCGUUUCUUCUUCUACAUUUUCAUCAACAAUAUUUUGUCGUACCGCCAAUCCCUCAUUUCGAGGGGGUUUUUUUCUAACUUAUUUUUAUCAAUAUCACUGGUCCCCUCACAACUUCUAUGACACCAAAUGUACAAAUUUCCUAUAUUUAUUCAUGGAUCAGUUUUCCAA